AUGACGCGCCGAGCACGCCAUUCCGCCAUCUCUUACGACUCGGACGCGUCUUACUCCCCCGAGAACGAAUUUGACGAUGGUGGUCUCUUUGACAAAGUUGAGCCCUUCACUCGGAUACUCCAGCUCUUCGGUGGCAACGUUCAUCCACCUGAGUACUACCGGGAAGCCGUUGAGAAAUUCAACGAGACCGCCUACGAAGCUCAAGACUAUAGCGACGGUAGUCUACUGCUCCUCGAUGCCUGCGACGCACAAUGGCGCCAGUACUGCGAGGUGCUGGGUUGUGACCCCCAAAAAUGUUUGGAGUCUGUCUCCGAGUCCAGCUCCCUGCGGCUUUUGUAUAACUUUUUUGACUGGUCCCUCAACCAGAAGGUCGGUAAGGAUGGCAGGAAAAGGCGAGGAACGAGGAAGAGCAGCUCUUUGAGCACAUACUGGAAAGUCUUCCGACUCGUCUUCGAGAGAGCCACUGGAGACAAACUCGACCCGAAACUAAAUCGGCGUAUGCACAAGGUUCUCCGAGACCUCUCCAAAAAACAUGACUUGAGCGACCAGAGGCGAGCGAAUCGAUGCAUGACGAUCGAAGAUCUCAAGGAGCAAAUCGAAACGACAAUUAGCACGACAAAAAAAUCCUCGCCCCACAUCCAUCCUGCGUCUCCGGUUUGGAGACAUCCGGCUGCACUGGUGAAAGACCCAGAAGGUGGACCGCAUAAUAUUUUGAUUCGCUUCACCUUAGCCUUCACGAAAACGUACCUCGGUGUCAAAGAUGCGAAAACAUUUCCUCUUCCAGAGACCUUGGCCGACCCUUCCUUGCUACUCAAUCCUCACAUCUUCCUGCUAGGCAUUCUUUUCCGCCAUCGCGCGUUCCGAGCAACAAGUCUCAAUUCACCCGCACAGCUUGCCAAUCUUGAUAUCCACCCUGAGGAGCGGAGCUACCUCUGCCGCUCAAGGACGAUCUAA